UACCAAAACAAAUAUGUUAGCAAGGCCUAGUGGUGGAUACAUACAGUGAGAAACAGCAGAGUACGAGUACUUUACCGAUAUUUGUAAUAAUUUGUAUCAGUAAGGACUUUGAAGAAUACACUCGCUUCGUUUCAAAGUAAUGUUUUUACUGGAUUUGAACAGUUUUCGAAUGAGAGCAACUAAAAAUAGUAGGUUAUCAGUGCAUUAUCGAUAAUAUCGAUAGCUUCAUUGAAUAGAGAACCAUGAUUACGAAACUGGCGCUGCUUUUUCAGCUGGCGCGCUGUCAACAGUAACACAAAAAGCCAUUAGAUUUCCCAUUGUGGUUUGUGUGGGGCGUGUCGCUGUUCCUUGGGCGUUCCUUUUUAUAUUUAUUGGAGUUGCAUCGCAAUAAGAAGCAGCCAUGUCGUCGCGCCGUGCCGCCACCCGCCGCGGGGUCACCAAGAAGCGCGCCCAGCGCGCCACCUCCAAUGUGUUCGCCAUGUUCGGUCAGGCACAGAUCCAGGAGUUCAAAGAGGCCUUCAACAUGAUCGACCAGAACCGUGACGGAUUCAUCGACAAGGAGGACCUGCACGACAUGCUGGCCUCGCUUGGCAAGGACCCGACCGACGAGUACCUGGAGGGUAUGAUGGGCGAGGCGCCGGGUCCCAUUAACUUCACUAUGUUCCUGACGCUGUUCGGCGAGCGUCUGCAGGGCACCGACCCCGAGGAGGUCAUCAAGAACGCCUUCGGCUGCUUCGACGAGGAGAACACGGGCCUCAUCUCCGAGGACCGGCUGCGCGAGCUGCUCACCACCAUGGGAGACCGAUUCACAGACGACGAGGUUGAAGAUAUGUACAAGGAGGCGCCGAUCAAAAACGGCAUGUUCGACUACUUGGAGUUCACCCGGAUCCUGAAGCACGGAGCCAAGGACAAGGAUGAGCAGUGAACAUUCCUGAAAACAUUCCGUGGCGCGUCACCAACUAUAUGUUGAGCUCCGUGAACUGAGAACGUUCCACACAUCGCAGCUAUGCCGCAUGUUAGGUUCAACAUUAGGUGACAAUAUAUUGAGAUUUGUAUUUUUGGCGCUUUAUUUAGGCCUAAGCUGCGAGUGUCAGAGGCUGAUUGUAGGUAUAGCAGAUUGCCAUUCCAAUUAUUUGAUGUUGCAUUCCCGCUACGGCAGUAUAUAAACUGGAAGAGUUACGCGCAUAUGUCUGUGUCCGCAUCGUCUAACAAUUGUGAAUAUAGAUGCUUAGAUCACAUGGUAUCUAUUUAAUACAAGUUUUCUUAUA